GCUCCUCCACAAAGCCACAAACUUGUUCUCGCCUCAUCCGAGGGGCUCAGAGUCCACCGAGGCAAAGAGGGGAAGCGUGGAGGCAGAGCAGCAGUGCUGGCGGCCGGCGUCCGGCACCUUGGAGCAGUCCGAGUGGGAGAGAGGACGCGGGAGAUGAUCAGCGGCCUCUGCUGGACUCCCACUGAUCACCUCUGAUUGAUUAUCUCUCCAAGCAACAUGAGCUCCUCGUCAGCCAACCCUCGCAGCAAACGCCUGCCCUCCACCAUCUUCUACUUCAUGCGCUUUCUCGGUUAAGUUGCGUUGGAGAACUCAUCGAUGGGAAAUAAAAUCGCCCUUCUGGCAAAGAGCGAUGACCUCAUCCAGUAUUGGGUUGCCACGAAUAGACGCAGCGUCUGGAGAGCUUGCUGGAGGACGCGCGGACGGCGAGCGAGGCCAGAGGCUCCCAGAUGUGGACGCGGCACAGCAGCUCAAGCUACGAGAAAGACAGCGUUUCUUCGAGGAGGUCUUCCAGCAUGACGUGGACGUCUACCUGUCCUCGGCGCACCUGUGCAUCCGAGACUAUAAGAGGCCUCCUAUCGGCAGCAUCUCGUCCAUGGAGGUGAACGUGGACUUGCUGGACCAGAUGGAGCUGGUUGAAAUCUCUGACCAUGAGGCCUUGGAUGUCUUUUACAGCUCUGGGGGAGAAGAGGGGGUGCUGACCUCCCCGCUGCCAGUCCAAGGAAACAACAACAACGAAGUCAUCACUAAUGGACUCCUUCGAAACGUCCUUGAGGGCCUUGACACCAAGUCCCGCACGUCCUCCACAUCUUCAAACUCCUCCUCUGACAGUCAGACCAGCGAUGCCCACGGAGGAGACAAUGCCACCAGCACGGUCAGGCGAAGAGCCGUGGCCCCAGAGAUAGAGAGGGUGAAAGGUCAGACUCCAUCAUCCUAGGGAGCACCCUCCUCAAAACGGGGCUCCACCUGCGGCGCGGCGGUGGUUGACAUCUCGACGGGGGAAAGGAGUGGACAUUGGGACGCUCCUCGGCCACGACACACCGGUUCACACGUACAUACACACUGUACAUUCUGCUUUCAACCGUUCCUUUGAUUUAUGAGGUUUGCUCUGUACUGGUUUAGGAGGUAGAGACUUAGAACUGUAAAUAUGGAUGUUUUUACAUUUUAAUCUGAUGUCUUGGCAUGUUUACAGUUAAUAAGGUUUGCUUUCUGACCACAUGGGACUUCUAGUCGAUAAAUUGUGCAUUUUGUUUAGUAUUAGAUUACUUAUUCAAAACUCUUCACACAGUGAGCACAACAGAAGUAUAUGUGGGCUAAGCUGAGGAUCAAUUAUUAUUGCUUUGGCACAAAAUGCAUUCAAUGACUACAUCUUUCAAAUUUUAUAUCUUUUCUCACUCAGACACAACAACCGCCAAAACUCUGUGUAACUACAGGCCAAUUUGCACAUGCGUACAUACCGUUUUCAAAACUGUUAAACUUAUGUUUAAAACAAUAACAUCAUGCAAAACUGAACGUCUCUUUGCGUUCCUGCAUGAUCUCUGUGGAAGGGUUGUGCCAGGUGAGGAAAGGGAUGCAGAGAGAAGAAAUCAGCCAACAUUUAUUCCACCACUCCCGUGCAGUCACCGAGUGGUUUGCAGCCCAUCCCAGAAUGGUGUCACCUUUCCUCCCACCUCACUCUCCAUUCCUCAACCCCAUAGAGGGAUUCUUUUCCUCAUGGAGGUGGAAGGUUCAUGACCACCUGAUCAAAUGUGAUCAAAUGUCCCUCCUGGACGCAAUGACUGCUGGAUGCCUGGACAUAUCAGCAGAAGAUGGCCAGGGAUGGAUCAGGCAUGCCAGAAGGUUCCUUCCCAGGUGUGUUGCCUUAGAUCACAUAAAAUGGGAUGUGGAUGAGAACCUGUGGCCAAAUAGAGAAGACUGAGUAGAUUAGCAUUACUAUUGUAUCUGUAUCAGUGGACGGUGUGUAUACAAAGUCUUGUAUUUUGGAAUUACUCAGUGCAAAAAAAAAAUAAAAAAAAUGAAUAAAGGACAUGAAAUACAUUGAAGCAUUCUGCAUCAUGUGGGAUUAAUUCCAGUAACAUAAUACAGUGAAUUAUAAAAAAAAACAUUGUAUAAUGCUACGUUAGUGUUUUGUUUUGUGGGUCACAAAGUGUGUUUGUUGGCUGUCAACCUUUUCUCGUGUGACAUGAAUGAAGUGUUUUGGUAGUUUUAGUGCAUUUUGAAUGGGAAAUGAACUGAUGUGGCGAGCUGAAAGUUGGUUAGAACUGUGUGAAGAGUUUUGAAAAAGUGACCUAAGUAUUGAGAAAUGUGUCCAAGCGACUCUAAAAAACUAACAACCCAGAGCAGUAAGGCAGGGACUAGAAUAAAAUAAUUAGCAGCUGUCUAAAAGUAAAUUUGGCAAUAAAAUGCUUAAAGAUCUGUUUUAAUAAUAAAGGAAGAAAGGAAAAUGUAUUAAUGUAUUUCUAAUAGUCAGUUCCUGGUUAUUUCGAAAAGCUCACUACUUCCACAGAAGCUCGAGGAGACAAGGACCCGUUGGGCGGCCUCAUGAAAGUCCGCUAACAAUUUCCACAUGAUUUUCAUAAAGCAGAUGUUAAACCGUUGAAUCAAAUACAGGGAGAGUGAAACAA